GUUUGUCGGCCCCUGAAAAGGGAGGAGGCACUGUCGAAGUCAAGACCGAGGCCGAUCCGGAACUCACUGGACUCAAUUCGGGCUCAGAACAAGGCGUCAGUCCCGCGAGCGGACCGAUGGCCUCCACCUAGAUGGAGGAGACCGAGCCCUGACAUCAACGACGGCCGAGUCGGCCUGGCGCAAGGUCCACAGGAAGGGCAGGCAGGCGGGCGUAAGCCGACCAGGGCCUUCCCUCAGGUUCCGGGCAAGGGGCCUAAGCCCCGGCCCCGCAACCAGGUUCGGCUCCGCUCUCGGGAUCCGUACCCGACCCGACCGGAAGUGGAGCAUUCACCAGGGCCAUAGUCCAGUGACUAGGCCGGGGCCGGGCCUCCCGUCGGGGCCGGACUGCAACGAGGCCCCGGGGAGGCCCCUAGCCCACCAGACCUUCCCCCAAAGCCGGCGCCUGCCGCGAAGAUGCAGCGCGCCCUACCGGGCGCCCGCCAGCACUUGGGGGCCAUCCUGGCCAGCGCCAGCGUGGUAGUGAAGGCCCUGUGCGCGACGGUGCUGUUCCUCUACUUGUUGUCCUUCGCCGUGGAUACAGGUUGCCUGGCGGUCACCCCAGGCUACCUCUUUCCUCCCAACUUCUGGAUCUGGACCUUGGCCACUCAUGGGUUAAUGGAACAGCACGUGUGGGACGUGGCCAUCAGCUUGGCUACAGUGGUGGUGGCCGGGCGUUUGUUAGAACCUCUCUGGGGGGCCUUGGAGCUGCUUAUCUUCUUCUCAGUAGUGAAUGUGUCUGUGGGGCUGCUGGGGGCCUUCGCCUAUCUCCUCACCUACAUGGCUUCCUUCAACUUGGUCUACCUGUUCACCGUCCGCAUCCAUGGCACCCUGGGCUUCCUAGGUGGUGUCCUGGUGGCGCUCAAGCAAACCAUGGGAGACUGCGUGGUGCUGCGAGUGCCCCAGGUGCGCGUUAGCGUGGUGCCCAUGCUGCUGCUGGCGCUGCUGCUGCUACUGCGGCUCGCCACACUGCUCCAGAGCCCAGCACUGGCCUCCUACGGCUUUGGGCUGCUCUCCAGUUGGAUCUAUCUUCGGUUCUACCAGCGCCACAGCCGGGGCCGAGGGGACAUGGCCGACCACUUUGCUUUUGCCACCUUCUUCCCCGAGAUCCUCCAGCCUGUGGUGGGACUGUUGGCGAACUUGGUGCAUGGCCUCCUGGUGAAAAUAAAGAUAUGCCAGAAGACAGUGAAACGCUAUGAUGUGGGUGCCCCGUCCUCCAUCACAAUCAGCCUCCCAGGCACAGACCCUCAGGAUGCAGAGCGAAGAAGGCAACUGGCCCUGAAGGCCCUCAAUGAGCGGCUGAAGAGAGUGGAGGACCAGUCUGUCUGGCCCAGUAUGGACGACGAUGAAGAGGAGGCCAGAGCCAAGGCAGACAGCCCCAUGCCAUCAGACAAGGCUCCCAUAUCCCCAGGGAAGGAGGCUGCCCCAGAAUCCAGCCUAAUCACCUUCGAGGCAAUGACCCCAAAUCUGUAACUCCAAACCACCCCGAGAGCAGCACUUCCUCUCCCAAGCCCCCCUCACCACCCUCUCAGCUAUCCCAGGGCACCAGCUGCUCUGAGGGGAGGGAAGAAGGUCUGCUGGAGGUUUCCACAGCCUUCUGCUGUUUCUCACCAACACUACCCAGGCCUCUUGCUACCUGGUUUCAACUCCAGACAACCACUAUGCCAGGCAUGGGGCCUCUAAGGCAUCAGGAAGCCCAGGCCCCAUCUGAGGGAAGACUGUGCCUCAGCAGACAGCCCCAAGCGGGUGCAAGGACAUUGGUGCCACAGUUCUUGAGCUGGCCCUCAUGCCUAAAACUGGUUGCUAAGAGCCCUGAGCCAAGGCAAAAAAAAUGCCAAAAAUAUUCUAGGGGCACAGCCAGUACAGAAGCCAGCACAGAGCUGCACAUCCCUGCCUAUCCCCAGAAAGACUGUGUUCAUGUCAGGAUUUGUUUCCUUCUGCUGUGGCCGUGGCUACUGCUGGGCUGGGACAGCCACAGCUCCCAGGUAUUUUCUACAGGACCACUUGAGUGAGCAGCCCAGCCCAGCCUCGCAGUAUCAAUAAAACAGUUCUUUGAAAUG